CACGAGUCACCAACCUGAAUCUUAUAAAUUAACUGCCCAAAACAACAAGAGGCUGGACAGGAGAAGAAAGGACGAGAGACGAAACCGAGCAAUAGAGACCGAAAGGAGAGGAGAAGAGAGGUUACAGACUCACAGACACACAACCAUGAUCCUUUCCAAUCACUCUAUUCAUUCAUUUUUCUGCUGCUGCUGUUCUGUAGAAUCCAGAGAGAUCAGCACCCAUGUGAGCCUGGAUAGUGGAUCUGGAUCUCUGUGUUUUCACACUAGGAGGCACCCGGGACAUGCUAACAGGACGGAUCGGUCCAGGAGGAAGCUGCCUCCCCCUCCUCCAGAUAACGACGACGGCGGAGACAUACUAGUGGUAGCCAUGUAUGACUUCACAGCGAAAGAGGACACGGACCUGACUUUGACUCAGGGAGAGGAGUACACCAUCCUACACAAACAGGACCAGCUGUGGUGGAGGGCACAGGACAAACACGGAAAUAAGGGAUUUAUCCCCAGCAACUAUGUCACAGAAAAGGACAGGAUUGAGGCCAACCAGUGGUACUGUCAGAGCAUCACCAGAUCAGAGGCUGAACAGCUGCUACGACAGGAGGCUAAAGAGGGAGGGUUUGUGGUGAGGGAGUCGAGUCAACAAAGCUGUUACACUGUUUCAGUGUUCACUAAAGCUCUGGGUAUAAACGGUGGUAUCAGACACUACCAGAUAAAGCUCAAUGAUUCUGGAAGCUUCUAUCUCUGUGAGAAGCACAUCUUCACCUCGAUACCUGAACUCAUAGAGUACCACAACCACAAUGCUGCAGGUCUGGUGACCAGGUUAAGGUAUGCAGUAGGACCCAUGGGCAGGUGUGUCCCUGCUACACCAGGCUUCAGCUCAGAGAAAUGGGAGAUUGACCCUAGUGAGUUGACUGUAAUGAAGGAGCUGGGUUGUGGUCAGUUUGGGUUGGUGAGGCUGGGGAAAUGGAGAGCUCUGUGUAAGGUGGCCAUCAAAACAAUCAACGAAGGAGCCAUGCACGAAGAAGACUUCAUAGAGGAGGCUAAGAUUAUGAUGAGGUUAUGCCACCCGAAGCUGGUACAGUUGUAUGGUGUAUGUACGCGGCAGCAUCCCAUGUGUAUAGUGACUGAGUUUAUGGAGAACGGCUGCCUGCUGAACUACCUGAGACAGAAUGGAGGGACCAUGGGACAACCGUGGCUCCUGUCUGUCUGUCAAGACACAUGUGAGGCCAUGCAAUACCUGGAGACACACAACUUCAUACACAGAGACCUGGCAGCACGGAACUGUCUGGUCAGCGACAAGAACGUGGUGAAGGUGUGUGACUUUGGAAUGACCAGGUACGUACUAGACAACCAGUACACCAGCUCUACAGGCUCUAAGUUCCCAGUCAAGUGGUCUCCUCCUGAGGUGUUGCACUAUAACAAGUACAGCAGCAAGUCUGACGUCUGGGCCUUCGGUGUGUUGAUGUGGGAGGUGUUUACUGAGGGGAAGACGCCGUUUGAUGGGCGGUCUAAUGUCGACGUAGUGGAUGAGAUUACCAGGGGUCACCGUCUCUACCGACCCCACAAAGCUUCCAACGAUGUCUACCAACUCAUGUACCAGUGCUGGCACGAGAGACCACAGGGCCGCCCUUCUUUCUCUGAGCUGUUGAAGAGGAUCCGACUACUGGCUGAAUUGGCUGACUAGACACACACAGCUGUUAAAGAAGAUCAGACUACUGGCUGACUAGACACACACAGCUGUUGAAGAGGAUCCGACUACUGGCUGACUAGACACACACACAGCUGUUAAAGAAGAUCAGACUACUGGCUGACUAGACACACACAGCUGUUAAAGAAGAUCAGACUACUGGCUGACUAGACACACACAGCUGUUGAAGAGGAUCCGACUACUGGCUGACUAGACACACACAGCUGUUAAAGAAGAUCAGACUACUGGCUGACUAGACACACACAGCUGUUGAAGAGGAUCCGACUACUGGCUGACUAGACACACACACAGCUGUUAAAGAAGAUCAGACUACUGGCUGACUAGACACACACAGCUGUUAAAGAAGAUCAGACUACUGGCUGACUAGACACACACAGCUGUUAAAGAAGAUCAGACUACUGGCUGACUAGACACACACACACACAGCUGUUGACCAGGUGAAAGCUAUGAACCCUUAUUGAUGUCACUUGUUAAAUAUUUUUAAGCCUUGGGACAAGAGUACCACAGUAUAAUACCCAUAAAACCUAGCGGUCAAAUAGGAAAAUGGUUCCAAUCAUUUUUCCACCAUUCAUUUUUCCCACAGGGGAUUUUAGAAACACUUAAAAUAAGGACUGUGUUUCGUGUAGGUUCACCCUGACGUGGCGUUUUGAUAACUGUGUAAAUCUCUCUCGGGCAAAGGUGACUUUUAUCAAUAUAUUCCCCCAUAUAUAUGUUUCUAAACUCUCUUAGUGGAAAAAAUGAAUGGAACUAUUUACCUGUUCAACCGCUAGGUUUUAUGGGUAUUAGGACACCUCCACUUGUGGGGCUCAAUUGAGACAUGGAUUGUGUAUGUUUGCCAUUCAGAGGCUGAAUGGGCAAGACCAAAAUGUAAGUGCCUUUGAACGGGGGUGCUGGGUUUUUCACCCUCGACUGUGUCACUUGUGUAUCACAAGGACAUCCAGCCAAUUUGACACAACUGUGGGAAGUAUUGGAGUCCACAUGGACCAGUAUCCCUGCUUUCAACACCUUGUAGAGUCCACAUGGACCAGUAUCCCUGCUUUCAACACCUUGUAGAGUCCACAUGGACCAUUAUCCCUGCUUUCAACACCUUGUAGAGUCCACAUGGUCCAGUAUCCCUGCUUUCAACACCUUGUAGAGUCCACAUGGACCAUUAUCCCUGCUUUCAACACCUUGUAGAGUCCACAUGGACCAGUAUCCCUGCUUUCAACACCUUGUAGAGUCCACAUGGACCAGUAUCCCUGCUUUCAACACCUUGUAGAGUCCACAUGGACCAGUAUCCCUGCUUUCAACACCUUGUAGAGUCCACAUGGACCAUUAUCCCUGCUUUCAACACCUUGUAGAGUCCACAUGGACCAGUAUCCCUGCUUUCAACACCUUGUAGAGUCCACAUGGACCAGUAUCCCUGCUUUCAACACCUUGUAGAGUCCACAUGGACCAGUAUCCCUGCUUUCAACACCUUGUAGAGUCCACAUGGACCAGUAUCCCUGCUUUCAACACCUUGUAGAGUCAACAUGGACCAGUAUCCCUGCUUUCAACACCUUGUAGAGUCCACAUGGACCAGUAUCCCUGCUUUCAACACCUUGUAGAGUCCACAUGGACCAGUAUCCCUGCUUUCAACACCUUGUAGAGUCCACAUGGACCAGUAUCCCUGCUUUCAACACCUUGUAGAGUCCACAUGGACCAGUAUCCCUGCUUUCAGCACCUUGUAGAGUCCACAUGGACCAGCAUCCCUGCUUUCAACACCUUGUAGAGUCCACAUGGACCAGUAUCCCUGCUUUCAACACCUUGUAGAGUCCACAUGGACCAGUAUCCCUGCUUUCAACACCUUGUAGAGUCCACAUGGACCAGUAUCCCUGCUUUCAACACCUUGUAGAGUCAACAUGGUCCAGUAUCCCUGCUUUCAACACCUUGUAGAGUCCACAUGGACCAGUAUCCCUGCUUUCAACACCUUGUAGAGUCAACAUGGACCAGUAUCCCUGCUUUCAACACCUUGUAGAGUCCACAUGGACCAGUAUCCCUGCUUUCAACACCUUGUAGAGUCCACAUGGACCAGUAUCCCUGCUUUCAACACCUUGUAGAGUCCACAUGGACCAGUAUCCCUGCUUUCAACACCUUGUAGAGUCCACAUGGGCCAGCAUCCCUGCUUUCAACACCUUGUAGAGUCCACAUGGACCAGUAUCCCUGCUUUCAACACCUUGUAGAGUCCACAUGGACCAGUAUCCCUGCUUUCAACACCUUGUAGAGUCCACAUGGACCAGUAUCCCUGCUUUCAACACCUUGUAGAGUCAACAUGGACCAGUAUCCCUGCUUUCAACACCUUGUAGAGUCCACAUGGACCAGUAUCCCUGCUUUCAACACCUUGUAGAGUCCACAUGGACCAGUAUCCCUGCUUUCAACACCUUGUAGAGUCCACAUGGACCAGUAUCCCUGCUUUCAACACCUUGUAGAGUCCACAUGGACCAGCAUCCCUGCUUUCAACACCUUGUAGAGUCCACAUGGACCAGUAUACCUGCUUUCAACACCUUGUAGAGUCCACAUGGGCCAGCAACCCUGUUGAACGCUUUCAACACCUUGUAGAGUCCACAUGGACCAGUAUCCCUGCUUUCAACACCUUGUAGAGUCCACAUGGACCAGCAUCCCUGCUUUCAACACCUUGUAGAGUCCACAUGGACCAGUAUCCCUGCUUUCAACACCUUGUAGAGUCCACAUGGACCAGUAUCCCUGCUUUCAACACCUUGUAGAGUCCACAUGGACCAGUAUCCCUGCUUUCAACACCUUGUAGAGUCCACAUGGACCAGUAUCCCUGCUUUCAACACCUUGUAGAGUCAACAUGGACCAGUAUCCCUGCUUUCAACACCUUGUAGAGUCCACAUGGACCAGUAUCCCUGCUUUCAACACCUUGUAGAGUCCACAUGGACCAGCAUCCCUGCUUUCAACACCUUGUAGAGUCCACAUGGACCAGUAUCCCUGCUUUCAACACCUUGUAGAGUCCACAUGGACCAGUAUCCCUGCUUUCAACACCUUGUAGAGUCCACAUGGACCAGUAUCCCUGCUUUCAACACCUUGUAGAGUCCACAUGGUCCAGUAUCCCUGCUUUCAACACCUUGUAGAGUCCACAUGGUCCAGUAUCCCUGCUUUCAACACCUUGUAGAGUCCACAUGGACCAGUACCCCUGCUUUCAACACCUUGUAGAGUCCACAUGGACCAGUAUCCCUGCUUUCAGCACCUUGUAGAGUCCACAUGGACCAGUAUCCCUGCUUUCAACACCUUGUAGAGUCCACAUGGACCAGUAUCCCUGCUUUCAACACCUUGUAGAGUACACAUGGACCAGUAUCCCUGCUUUCAACACCUUGUAGAGUCCACAUGGACCAGUAUCCCUGCUUUCAACACCUUGUAGAGUCCACAUGGACCAGUAUCCCUGCUUUCAACACCUUGUAGAGUACACAUGGACCAGUAUCCCUGC